GCCAAACCCCGCAUUUCUACUUUUCGAACUUCAUAGCUUCAUAACAAUCAAUCUAGUAACUAAUCCUGUUUAAAAGUGAGAAUCAUAUUUUGUACCAAAUAUUAUCUAUCUGUACAUCUAUCGCUCUACCCAAUCCAAACAGACAGAAUUCAAUACCCAUCAUGAGUCCACCAAACCAAAAUAUAGUCUCCCCCACCGAAUUCCAAAAAGCCCACAACACCCACCUCGCCCUCGAAAAAGCUGCAACUCACCAACUCCAAGCGCUCUCCGCAGCGCGACGCUCCCUCCCCAUAGUUCCAGUCCCGGAUGCCUCGCGCUUCAAGUUCGACACAGUUGACGGCGAGAAAACUCUCCCGGAGCUGUUCGCUGGCCGGAAGCAACUAAUCAUGUACCAUUUCAUGCUGGGGCCGGAGGACGAGAAGGGCUGUGUGGGGUGUUCGUUUUGCAUGGAUCAUAUCCCUGAUUUGCGGCAUCUGGAGAGUCGGGAUACGAGUUUUGUGGCGGUUGCGAGGGCGCCGGUGGAGAAGAUUGAGGAGUAUAAGAGGCUUACUGGGUGGGGGUUUCCGUUUUAUAGCUCGGAGAAGACGCAUCGGGCGUGGGUAGAGGCGGAGAAGGGUGGCGAGGUUAUCACUUGGAAGCCUGGGAAUGGGUAUUUUGGGUUGUGUGUGUUUUUGAAGGGGGAUGAUGGGGAGGUGUUCCAUACGUAUUCGACUACGGAUCGGGGCAUGGAGAUCCUGCUUGGGACGUAUCAUUUGUUGGAUAUGACGCCGUUGGGCCGGCAGGAAGUGGGGAAUGGGAUGAAUAAUUUUCGGAGAAUUUAUGAGUACUGAAAAGGUGGUUAGGGAUGUGAUGUAUGUAAUUAGGGCUUGCUGGAUGUGAGGCUAGGUUCCGAUGACGUCGGACGUUGCAUACAUUGAGCGAAUCUCAUGUAGUAGUGUAUAACUGAACUGUUUUUCUGCAAGUUCCGCCCGGUUACCUGAUACGGGUGCCGCCGCUUUAUGAGGGCAGCACAUGAGUGCUCGAGAGUGCUCUGUGAGCGUUCCGGGCCACUCACUGAUUGCUCACGGAGCACGCACCGGCUGCUCCGGUCGCUCCCGGAUACCACCAGCAAGCUCAGUG